AUGUCAAGGAGACCAGCAGUCAACUACUUGGAGGAUGAAUUCUCUUCUGAUUCAUACAGUGAGGAAGAAUUUCCGAAAAGAAGGAAAAAGGUUAACAAGAAGAAAGCCCAGUCUGCUAUGGAUGAGAUCAAGAAACAGAACAAGGACACCAAAUUUGAAGAAGAUGAGUUGAUUGAGAUCCCCUUGGAUAGACCAUCGGAUUUUAUACCUGAUUCAGUCUCCAAAGUAUUUGGAUCGUCUGAUUUUUCCUAUUUGAAGCUGAAGCCUGAUCAUGCCUCAAGGCCUAUAUGGAUCUCUCCAAAUGAUGGUAGGAUCAUAUUAGAAAGUUUCUCACCCUUAAGUGAGCAAGCACAGGACUUUUUGGUAACCAUUGCUGAGCCGAUAAGUCGUCCCAGCUUUAUUCAUGAGUAUCGAAUUACUGCUUAUUCCCUGUACGCUGCUGUCUCUGUGGGGCUAGAAACCGAUGAUAUCAUUUCGGUGCUGAAUCGUCUAUCCAAAGUACCUGUGGCACCUUCGAUUGUGAAUUUUAUUAGAUCUGCCACCAUUUCAUAUGGAAAGGUCAAGCUAGUUCUGAAGAACAAUAGAUACCAUGUAGAAAGUUCGCAAGCAGAUAUUCUGCAAAUGUUACUAAAGGACGAGGUGAUUGGCCAACUACGAGUUAAAUCUGAUACGUUGACAACUACCAGCGAUGGAUUGGUACGUACGAAUAAGCCAAAAUCUGAUGGCCUUGUCAUUGCGGGUACAGCUGCUCCUGCGAGCGACAAUAGCAUCACCAACACUUUCAACACAGCUAUAGGAAGUGACCCGUUCGAAGAUAAAGUUGAAGAGGACGAUGAGGACGAAGAUGAUGAUAUUGAUAAAGUUCAUUCGUUCGAAAUUGCCUCGGAAUCCGUUGAAAUCGUCAAAAAGAGGUGCCAGGAAAUUGAUUAUCCAGUCUUGGAAGAGUAUGAUUUCAGGAAUGAUCAGCGGAACCCUGAUUUGGACAUUGACUUGAAACCAUCGACGCAAAUCAGACCAUAUCAAGAAAAGUCUUUAUCUAAAAUGUUCGGUAAUGGACGUGCUAGAUCGGGUAUCAUCGUUCUUCCAUGCGGUGCUGGUAAGACCUUGGUUGGCAUCACUGCAGCUUGUACCAUUAAGAAGUCUGUUAUUGUUCUUUGUACAUCAUCAGUGUCAGUAAUGCAAUGGAGACAACAAUUCUUGCAAUGGUGCACGAUUCAACCAGAAAAUGUUGCUGUUUUCACAUCAGAAAACAAGGAGAUGUUUACUGGUGAUGCUGGUCUGGUCGUAUCUACUUACUCUAUGGUCGCUAACACCAGAAAUAGAUCUCACGACUCUCAAAAAGUUAUGGACUUUCUUACUUCGAGGGAGUGGGGUUUUAUCAUUUUAGAUGAGGUCCACGUCGUACCAGCUGCAAUGUUCAGAAGAGUGGUCACAACUAUUGCCGCCCACGCAAAAUUAGGCUUGACAGCAACAUUAGUUCGUGAAGACGAUAAAAUUGGUGAUCUUAACUUUUUAAUCGGACCAAAGUUAUAUGAGGCCAAUUGGAUGGACUUGGCUCAGAAAGGUCACAUAGCCAAUGUUCAGUGCGCCGAAGUUUGGUGCCCAAUGACUUCUGAAUUUUAUCAAGAAUAUCUCAGAGAAACCUCACGUAAGAGGAUGUUAUUGUAUAUUAUGAAUCCCACCAAGUUUCAGGCAUGCCAGUUUCUUAUUCAUUACCACGAACAACGAGGUGAUAAGAUUAUCGUUUUUUCUGAUAACGUCUACGCCUUGCAAGAGUAUGCACUAAAGCUUGGUAAACCAUUUAUUUAUGGAUCCACCCCACAGCAGGAACGAAUGAACAUCUUGCAAAACUUUCAGUAUAAUGAUCAGGUCAACACAAUUUUCCUUUCAAAGGUAGGUGACACAUCUAUUGAUUUACCAGAGGCAACAUGUUUAAUUCAAAUUUCUUCUCAUUAUGGUUCUAGACGUCAAGAAGCUCAACGUUUGGGUAGAAUUUUGAGAGCUAAAAGAAGAAAUGACGAGGGAUUUAAUGCUUUUUUCUAUUCGUUAGUAUCUAAGGACACACAGGAAAUGUAUUAUUCCACUAAAAGACAGGCCUUUUUGGUCGACCAAGGUUAUGCCUUCAAAGUCAUCACUCAUCUUCAUGGAAUGGAGAGCUUGCCGAACCUGGCAUAUUCCUCCGCUCGUGAGCGUAGAGAAUUGUUACAGGAUGUUCUUCUGAAGAACGAGGAUGCAGCAGGAAUUGAAGCCGGUGAAGACUCUGAGAACAUGAUUGGAGGUGGUGUCAGCAAGAGAGUUCGCUCUGGCGGUCAAUCUUCCUCCGCAACGAGAACGACAGGAUCGUUAGCUGGUCUUGCUGGUGGUGAAGACAUGGCCUAUGUCGAAUACAGCAGAAACAAAAACAAGGAACUAAAGGAGCACCACCCUUUAAUCCAAAAGAUGUACUACAAGAAAAAGAGAUGA